UAUGUUUGAAUCAACUUACGAAACAUUCUCUUUACAUACGAAUUACAUAUGUACGAGUUAAUUAUAUAAUAGAGUAUGGAACUCUUUUGUAUUUUGAGUUAACCCACGUUUUUUCUUCGCGCCAGCAAUGUUGUUUAGAGCAUUCUGUGUAUUCAUCUUUUCUUUUUGGUUCGCCACGGUCCUUUUACCACUUUCAUUUUCACUUGCACCUGUGCAACAUUAAAAGGCGGUUAACUAUAUGCGGACUUCGUCUUGUCUAUGGCAGAAUAGUAAAAGGACCCACAUGGAGCCAUCGAAAGAAAUUGACCCCGUCAAUAUCAAGAAGGAGCCUAGCUCACCACAUAUGGAGGACACACACUCCAUGAAAUCGAAACGCACAUCAAAACAUGGUUCACGUCACAGCUCAAGACAUUCAUCUUCUUCGAGUACAUCGAAACGUGCCAAAGCAGAAGCCGCCCGUGCUCUCAUCAAACUGGCUGAAGAGGAGGCAGCUCUUAGGAAGAAGUUAUCCCAACUUGAGGAACAGGACGACAUUAAUCAGGCAACUAUAAAGGCCUCAGCAGCAAGAAGAAAAGCUGACUACCAGGCUGACAUGGAUCUAUUGACAGCCAGGAAAACAGCAGCCGCACUUGACGCGGAAGCAAGAGUAUUCGAACAGGACUUCUCCGGAAGUGACAUAAGUGAGGAUGACAUUCCUGUACCAAAGGAGGAUCCACAAAAGAGGACGAGUGAAUAUGUGAGUGAUGUGUGUACUCGGGAACAAAGUGAUAUUUUGUACCAUGGUGUAUCUGUUAUCCCGCAGAAUACUACAAACUUGUCUUCCCAGACUGAACCGCAGCAAGAAAAUCAAACCACAGAUAUACAUGAUGCAGACCGUGUGACUCGUACUGAUCAUCCUGUUGAUGAGUAUAUCAGCUCGCGUACACAACCACUGACACCAGCUUCGUCGUACGUUGAAUUGCUACCUUCUGUGUUUUUACGCUCGAAUCAUUUGCCACAUGUACCUGACAUUUCUAAGUUCCUCUUAAGGAAAGAACUGUUGAUAUCAAGACUUUAUCGAUUUAGUGAUAGACCGGAGUCCUAUUUUGUAUGGAAGUCUAGUUUCCAGAACAUUCUUACCGAUUUGCAGGUCAUGGACUUUGAGCAAUUAGACCUCUUAGUGAAAUGGCUCGGACCCGAAUCGAGUUCCUAUGCCUUAAGCAUUAGAACUGCUAAUGUUGACUGCCCAGCAAAGACAGUACGUCUCUUGUGGGAAAGGCUAGAUCAGAGAUAUGGUUCACCUGAGAGAAUCCAAAGCCUGUUGAAGGACAAACUUGCCAAGUUUCCCAAGCUCAACUUUAAGGACAGCCUCAAACUUUAUGAACUUGCUGAUCUUUGCGAAAUUCUGAGUCUAAAGCAACAACCAAUGUACCAACCACUGCCUGCUUAUUUUGAUUCCUCUGUUGGAGUCAACCCUAUUAUUGAAAAACUUCCCAACUACAUGAAGGAAAAGUGGGUCACUAGGGCAUCCAGAUACAAAGAAACAAACAGACAAUGUUUUCCACCAUUCAAGUUCUUUGUUGAUUUUGUGAAGGAGAUGAGUCGUGUGAGAAAUGACCCAAGUUUCUCCUACAGUGAGACUGGAAAUCCACCAAUGAAAUAUGUUCGUUCAACUACUUUAGCAUCAAAGAUUCAAAUACCUACUGCAGCGACUGCAAAAAGAGAAAUUUCAUCUGAUUCAAAGGAUAAAACCCCAAUGUGUGCAAUUCAUGGGACAAGUCAUCGACUUAGUGAGUGUCGUGCAUUCCAAGCCAAGUCAAUGGAGGCUCGGAAAAGCUUAUUGAAAGAAAAGGGAUUGUGUUUCAAGUGUUGUGACUUUGCACAUAAAAGCAGACAUUACAAAGAAAAACUUGCAUGUACACUUUGUAACAGUGACAAACAUACAACAGUGAUGCAUGGAGACAUCCCCCUAAAGUUCAUGGCGUGGAGAACACUCAUAGAACUCCGCUUGAUCCGCUGGUAGUAGAAUCCUCGUGCACCGAGAUCUGUGGAAAUGUCGCCUAUGGAAAGUCAUGCGCCAAAAUCUUACCUGUGUUUGUGUAUCCCAAAGAAUAUCCUGACAACUGUUAAAAUGAAUGUAAUCCUGGAUGACCAGAGUAAUCGAUCACUUGCCAAGAGUUCAUUCUUUGACUUGUAUCAGAUUCAUUCGCAACCAGAAGAGUACAUUAUGAACUCGUGCAAUGGAAAAUUUAUGAUUUCCGGUCGACGUGCCUUUGGAUUCUCACUGGAAUCAUUUGAUCGCCAAGUACAUAUAGACUUGCCCGUUCUCAUUGAAUGUGACAACAUACCUAACAAUAAACAUGAGAUACCAUCACAGGAAGUCACUAGGCAUCAUCCACACCUACGUGACAUUGAACUCGAAAGCGUAGUUGACAACUGUCAAAUCUUGUUUCUUCUUGGCAGAGAUGUACCAUAUGUGCACCGCAUCCUUGACCAGAGAGUUGGUCAUCCUGAUGCACCUAUUGGACUUCGAUCACCUCUAGGAUGGACUGUAGUCGGUGAUGUGUGUCUUGGAUCUCAGUAUCGCAGUAAUAAUGUCAAUGUGUAUAAGACAUUUGUAUUGUCCAAUGUACGACCAUCCUUACUUCAACCUUGCAAAAGUGAACUGAAAGUGAAAGAGGUGGUUACAUCGAGGGUACCUGCCAAACAUUCUCUGGAUUACACAGGUGACAAUAUUUUCCUACUUACACCUCAUGACAACAAGCAAGGAAUGUCUACAGAAGAUAAAGUUUUUCUGGAAGGAAUGGACAGAGAGUUCAAGAAGAACAUCGAAGGUAACUGGGAGGCUCCACUACCGUUCAGGAACCAACGCACAUGUUUACCGAACAAUCGAGCUGUGGCCUUAGAGAGAGCUUACCGAUUUGACGCUAAUCUAAGGAGAGAUCCAGUCAAAGGCAGAUAUUUCCUAGACUGCAUGCAGAAACUGUUUGAUCAUAAACAUGUCGAGACUGCACCGCCUGUUUGUAAGGAUGAGGAAGUGUGGUAUUUACCAGUUUUUGGUGUAUACCAUCCUCGCAAACCGGACCAGAUCAGAGGAGUGUUUGAUUCUUCAGCUACAUUUCACGGACUUUCUUUGAAUGAUGUUUUGAUGUCUGGUCCAGAUCUCAACAACAGUUUACUCGGGGUGCUUAUCAGAUUUCGCAAGGAGCCGAUAGCUAUAACAGCUGAUAUCCAACAGAUGUUUCAUUGUUUUUACGUACGACCAUAUCACAGGAUCUGCUUAAGAUUCUUCUGGCACCAUAACAAUGACUUUAACCAAAAGCUUGAGGAAUAUAGAAUGAGGGUCCAUGUGUUUGGAAAUAGGCCGUCGCCCUCAGUAGCUACAUAUGGUCUACACCAAACAGCAUUUGAAGCUAAGGAAGCAUUCAAACCAGAUGUCACUGACUUUGUUUUAAAUCACUUCUAUGUGGAUGAUGGAUUAAUCUCCGUAUCUUCUAUCAACCAGGCUGUUGACUUGAUGAAACGAACACAGCAAGCGUUAGCAACCCAUGGUAACUUGCGUUUGCACAAGAUCGCCUCCAACAGCAAAGAUGUUGUUCGUGAAUUCUCUCCAGAUGCUCUUUCCAAGGAACUGAAAAGCUUGGAACUAUCUGACGACGACUUACCUGUUCAGAGGAGCUUAGGACUUUGCUGGAACAUGAACACUGAUGCAUUUACUUUCCAGAUUUCAAGUGACGAGAAACCCUUGACUCGACGUGGAGUGCUUUCUACUAUUAACAGUAUAUAUGAUCCCUUAGGAUUUGCUGCACCUGUGACAAUUGAAGGGAAAUUAUUAUUACGUCAGUUGACUGAUGGAAACACUGGAUGGGAUGCACCACUUAUUGACAUAGAAGGACAGAAAUGGCAAAUGUGGAGGAAGUCUUUAUCUGGUCUUCAAGAUGUGUCAAUUCCCCGUCAAUAUGUUCCAUGUUCUCUUCAAGGAAGUGUUCGAAAUGAACUUCACAUAUUUUGUGAUGCAUCUGAGAAGGCAAUAGCUGCAGUCGCCUACCUGCAUGUGUUUAAUGAGGAAAA